UUAUCCCUAACCUUUCCCUUAAUUCCAUUCAUAUCCUCUUCCCCCCAUCGAAAACCCACCCCCAAAUACAACACCAAUUUUCAGAAUCUCUCUCAUCUCUCUCUACAUCUCUCUUCUUCCUUACCCACCCACCCCUCAGUCCUACCCCUAUUACUCUUUCCCUUCGUUGGUGUGAUCGGACGGUAGUUCUAUCACCAAGCAUGACCAUACUGAAUUCUCAACCAUUGGAUCAUCAAGAAGAGGAGGAGAUGCUGGUGCCGCGUGCAGACAUGGUUGAAGGUCCUCAACCCUUAGUUGAAGGUCCUCAGCCCAUGGAAGCGACGCCGACUGAGAAUGCUAGUGCAGUGGAGAAUCAAGCUGUGGAUGAGCCGCAGGCUUCGCGGUUUACUUGGACAAUUGAUAAUUUCUCUCGGCUAUCAGUGAAGAAGUUAUAUUCUGAGGUUUUCAGUGUUGGUAGUUAUAAAUGGAGAGUGCUAAUAUUUCCGAAAGGAAAUAAUGUGGAUUGUUUGUCGAUGUACUUAGAUGUAGCAGAUUCAGCUACACUUCCAUAUGGGUGGAGUAGGUAUGCCCAGUUCAGCUUAGCUGUUGUGAAUCAAGUAAAUCCCAAGUAUACUGUGAAAAAAGAGACACAACACCAGUUUAACCAAAGAGAGAGUGACUGGGGCUUCACAUCUUUCAUGCUUCUAAGUGAGCUUUAUGAUACCAACAAGGGAUAUCUCGUAAAUGAUAGAGUUGUUAUUGAAGCUGAUGUUGCUGUACGUAAGGUCAUAGAUUACUGGACAUAUGACUCGAAGAAGGAGACUGGAUAUGUUGGGCUUAAAAAUCAGGGAGCUACUUGUUACAUGAACUCUCUCCUACAAACUCAAUACCAUAUUCCCUACUUUAGAAAGGCUGUGUACCAUAUGCCGACUACAGAGAAUGAUAUGCCUUCAGGGAGCAUUCCAUUAGCUCUGCAGAGUUUAUUCUAUAAGCUCCAGUACAGUGAUACGAGUGUGGCGACAAAAGAAUUAACAAAAUCCUUUGGCUGGGACACUUAUGAUUCAUUUAUGCAGCAUGAUGUGCAAGAACUAAAUAGAGUUUUGUGUGAAAAGCUUGAAGACAAGAUGAAGGGCACGGUUGUGGAAGGGACAAUUCAGAAGUUAUUUGAGGGCCACCACAUGAAUUACAUCGAAUGUAUUAAUGUGGACUUUAAAUCGACGAGAAAAGAGUCAUUUUAUGAUCUUCAACUUGAUGUCAAAGGCUGUCGCGAUGUUUAUGCCUCUUUUGACAAGUAUGUAGAAGUUGAACGUCUAGAAGGCGAUAACAAGUACCAUGCUGAAGAACAUGGUUUGCAGGAUGCUAAGAAGGGUGUACUGUUUAUUGACUUUCCUCCAGUUCUCCAGCUUCAGUUAAAGCGGUUUGAAUAUGAUUUCAUGCGAGAUACAAUGGUUAAGAUAAAUGACCGCUACGAAUUUCCUCUGGAACUUGACCUUGAUAGGGAGAAUGGCAAAUAUUUAUCUCCCGAUGCAGACAGGAGUGUUCGAAACCUCUAUACACUUCAUAGUGUUUUGGUUCAUAGUGGUGGGGUGCAUGGUGGACAUUAUUAUGCUUUCAUCAGGCCGACGUUAUCAGAUCAAUGGUACAAGUUUGAUGAUGAACGGGUGACAAAAGAAGACAUGAAGAGGGCUUUAGAGGAACAGUAUGGUGGUGAGGAGGAGUUGCCACAGACAAAUCCAGGUUUCAAUAAUGCUCCCUUUAAGUUUACAAAAUACUCAAAUGCUUACAUGCUGGUUUACAUACGUGAGAGCGACAAGGAUAAAAUAAUAUGUGAUGUGGAUGAGAAGGACAUUGCAGAACAUCUGAGAAUAAGGUUAAAGAAAGAACAAGAAGAGAAAGAGGACAAGAGAAGAUACAAAGCGCAGGCCCACCUUUAUACAAUUAUCAAGGUUGCACGCGAUGAGGAUCUUAAGGAACAGAUUGGAAGGGAGAUAUAUUUUGAUCUUGUGGAUCAUGACAAAGUUCAUAGCUUUCGGAUUCAGAAACAGAUGCCUUUUAACCUUUUCAAGGUACUGAUUACUUUCUGUUUGUCAUUGCUAACUGAUCACUUCACCGCGGCCGCGGCACGACCGCGGCGCGACCGUGGUGAAGGCUAA